GCCGCGGCCGCAGCUGAUCCGCCGCUGGGCAGGAGGCGGCGGCGGCGUCGUCGCCUUCUCGAUCUCGGUCUCAGUAGCCGCGCUCGGCGCUCGGCGCUGGGGGUCGCAGGGCGGCGGGGAAUCCCGGACCGGGAGCGCGUAGGCCCGACGUUGCGCGGGGAUCCCGCCCUCCCGCCCCGUGCGUAGUCCUGGGCCCCGCGGCGUGGGCCCCCCGCGGCUCGUCUUGCCCCGCGCCGCCGCCAGGCCGGGGUCGAGCCCCGGGCCGGGGCCGGGCGAGCGCGCCCCGGAGCCGAAGGCCGCCCGCGGGGAACGCGGAGCCCGUGCCCGCCGGGGCCUGGCGGCCCCGCUCCAGCUUGCGCCGGCGGCGGCAGCGGCGGUGUCCGCCCUCGCCCUCCUCGGCUGCGCGGCCCGCGCCUCCUUGGAGGCCGGCCCCAGAGGCCUUGGGGAGUGACCGAGCCCGCGAGCCCGCGAGCCCGCGGCGCCCCUGCCCCGCCCGGGGCCUGUCGGCUCCCCGCUUGUGACCCCCCCUCCGCUUGCGCCCCCCCUCCGCUUGUGCCCUCCUGCUCCCUUCAACCCUCCCCCGCUUGUGCCCCCGCACCCCUCCUACAGCCCCCCUCGUUUGUGCCCCCGCACCCCUCCUUUAGUCCCCACCCAGCGCUCAGAGCUCAGGCCUUGUCCCCCUCCUGCAGACUCCCCCCCCCCAGCCUCCCCAGUUUGUUUUUGUUUUCCUCUCCCAGGCGCCCCCCCCAUCCAGCCCUGCAGGGACGCCCCCCCACCUGACCUUGGCCCCCAUCUGUAGUUGAUGGGGGUCUCUCCGCGUUCCCUCUGGCUCUCGUUCCCACCCCCAGUCACCUCCGCCUCCCCUCGGGCGGGCCCCCACUGAGCGCCCCCCGCCCCGCACCUGCUUGGUCUCCCCUGCCCGCCCCCCGGCCGCCCCGCCGAGGCCAUGGCUCCGGAGUGACCGGGGGAUGCCGGCCGCGUCCUUGGGAUCCCGCAGCGCGCUCCGCCUCCGCCUCCCCCUCCCUCUCUGAGCCUCUGCUUGUCCCACCGUCUCCCCGACUUGGGGUUCCCUGAAGAGGGGGACCCGACGCCCCGGCUCGGGAAGCCAAGAUGUGGCUCAAACUCUUCUUUUUGCUGCUCUAUUUCCUGGUCUUGUUUGUGCUGGCCAGGUUUUUCGAGGCCAUUGUCUGGUAUGAGACGGGCAUCCUGGCCACCCAGCUGGUGGACCCGGUGGCGCUGAGUUUUAAAAAGCUGAAGACCAUUUUGGAGUGUCGGGGGUUGGGCUACUCCGGACUGCCCGAGAAGAAAGAUGUCCGAGAACUGGUGGAAAAAUCCGGAGACCUGAUGGAGGGUGAGCUUUAUUCUGCACUCAAGGAAGAAGAAGCGUCCGAGUCUGCUUCUAGCACCAACUUUAGUGGUGAAAUGCACUUUUAUGAGCUCGUGGAAGAUACCAAAGACGGCAUUUGGCUGGUUCAGGUCAUAGCCAGUGACAGAAGCCCUCUGGUGGGGAAAGUCCACUGGGAGAAAAUGGUGAAGAAGGUGUCCAGAUUUGGAAUACGCACGGGAACUUUUAACUGCUCGAGCGAUCCAAGGUAUUGCCGCCGGCGGGGCUGGAUCCGCUCGACCCUCAUCAUGUCUGUGCCUCAGACCAGCACUUCCAAAGGAAAGGUGAUGCUCAAGGAGUACAGCGGGCGCCACGUGGAGGCGGAGCACAUCUUUAAGUGGAUCACCGCACAUGCGGCUUCACGUAUCAAGACCAUCUAUACCGCAGAGCACCUGAAAGAGGAGUGGAACCGGAGGGACCAGUACUGGGUGAAGAUCUACCUGUUCGCCAAGCUGGACCAGCCGCCGGCCUUCUUCUCCGCCCUCAGCAUCAAGUUCACCGGGAGGGUCGAGUUCAUCUUCGUCAAUGUUGAGAACUGGCCCAACGGCAGCUCCAUGAGCGCCAUGGGCGUCUACAGCACGCCCUCCUACAUCCUGAGGACGCCCGAGGGUGUCUACAGGUACGGCAACAACACGGGCGAGUUUCUUUCCCUGCGGGCCAUGGACUCUUUUCUGCGCUCCCUGCAGCCCGAGGUGAACGACUUGUUCGUCCUGAGCUUUGUGCUGGUCAACCUCAUGGCGUGGAUGGACCUGUUCAUCACCCAAGGCGCCACCAUCAAGCGGUUUGUGGUGCUCAUCAGCACCCUGGGCACAUACAACUCCCUGCUCAUCAUGUCCUGGCUGCCCGUCCUGGGCUUCCUGCAGCUCCCGUACCUUGACAGCUUCUAUGAGUACAGCCUGAAGCUGCUGCGCUACUCCAACACCACCACGCUGGCUUCCUGGGUGAGGGCCGACUGGACGUUCUACUCCUCCCACCCCGCCCUCUUCCUCAGUACGUAUCUUGGACACGGCUUACUCAUCGACUACUUUGAGAAGAAGCGGCGGCGCCACCACCACCCCGAGGAGCUCAAUGCCAACAACCUGGAGUGGCUGUCCAGCCUGUGGGACUGGUACACCAGCUACCUAUUCCACCCCAUCGCUUCUUUGCAGAACUUUCCCGUGGACUCAGAUUGGGACGAAGACCCCGACCUGUUCCUCGAGCGCCUGGCUUUCCCGGACCUGUGGCUGCACCCUCUGAUACCGACUGACUACAUUAAAAACUUGCCCAUGUGGCGCUUCAAGUGCCUUGGAGCGCCUUCGGAAGAGGAGAUGUCAGAGGGCUCUCAAGAGCCAGAAAAUGACUCGGACGGUGAAAGCAGUGACACGUUCCCUGGAGAGACAGAAGGGUCUGACCACCAGCCCAGCCCUGCCAGCCCCACCCCAGAAGGAGGUCACCGAAGGAGUGAAGCUUGCUCGUGUGCCAGCAGAUGCUGUCAGACUGGUCCCCCCGAGAGGGGACGGCGCGGCUCGUCCGGCUCCUCCGACGCGGGUGAAGACGGGCAGCCCGACUGGCUGGCCUGGCCUGCUGCCAUGUUGCACUGUACUGAAUGCGUGGUCUGCCUAGAGAACUUUGAGCAUGGCUGUUUGUUAACGGGCUUGCCCUGUGGCCACGUCUUCCAUCAGAAUUGCAUCGUCAUGUGGCUGGCGGGGGGCCGGCACUGCUGCCCUGUCUGUCGGUGGCCUUCUUACAAGAAAAAACAGCCACAUGGACACCACCCACUCUCGUCCAACGAUGCCCCCACCUAACGUGUGGCACUGGCCUCCGUAAGCUUUGACUCCCGUAGGGCUCGCCUCGUCAAUGUUAGUCACAAUGUUUUUGUGGUUUGAAGUUUAGUUUAAUGUUAGUGCAGUGACCAGAAAUAUACAUUAUGCUAACGUUAAUGGCAGAAUUAUUUGGUUGCCUUGUGUGUCAAAAUGGAAUGCAUACUUAAUUGUACAAACUUUUAUUUACAACAUUGGAAAUUCAGCAGUUGAUGUUUUUUGUAAGCACAAAAAAGUGAGACAGAAAUUUAUCCUAGCAGGAGUUGACAAGUUAGGGUUCAAAUUCUAAUGAAAUUGACAGUUGCUUAUCCUAAAUGUUUCUCCCUUUUUACAGUCUCUCUGUUCAGCACCUUUGGUUGAAUAAUGUAUCUCUGAGACAUGAAAUUUAAGAAAACCUAUGAAAUAAAUUAUUUUAAACCCAGAAGGCUGCAGACUUUCCAAAAUGAAAUCAUUUUUGAUAAAUAUAGAUGUCUGAUUAUUUGAUUUAUCUGUAAAAACUAAUAAAAUAUAAUUUUGGUCUCUUUUA